AUGCAGAGAAAUCUGAUAGGUGCUGUCCUCUUUGUAGCCCUGUGGAGCGAGGUCUGCCUUUGCCGGAGGGUGAGCGGAUCCACAAAUAAGCGCAACAAGAAGACUUCCACCACCACUAGCGCUCCCAAACUCCGAAGCCCAACCGUGGCAAUGACUGUCCAAGGAAAUCUAUGUCACGGUGGUCAAAUGAUUGACAAUAUGGAACUCGAUCCAAAUGACCAAGGCUACUACAAGGCUAACCUGAAGGUUUUUCCAGAUGGACUUUAUUAUGCCAACUGUUCCUUGCCUCUGCAGCUUAACACAACCAAAGAAGAUCUCAUUGGUGAAUGUGUUAAUUUCACAAUUGCUUCAAACAAGCUGAACCUACCAAAUGGCAAGGAUUCAAGUGACCCAAAGGAGAGAGUGAUGUGGGUCUUGAUUAACUACUUGUGUGCAAAUGAAUCAUGCAGUGAGCCAUGUCCCUUGCUCCCAAAUAUUGGAAAUCUCCAUUAUUUUGACCAAGUACUGGUUGUUGCCCUAAUUAGUUGCUCUAUUCUUUCUGCAAAAUAA